AUGACUACAGCUGCUAUGGGCACUGAGACUAUAAAAUGGGCUGGCAAUCUUGGAUCCUUUCAAGACCCGGAAUCAAGACUUUCGCUGGAAUAUCGUCUCCGAAAUACCCCUCUCAUUCGGGAUGCAAUCCUGCAGCUCCUCGCUGAUCUCCGUGAUUCUGCGCGUAGCGCCCUGGAUAUCGUUUCUGGCAAGCAGGAGAACAGGACAGCCUUGCCACUGAUCGACCUAGAAACCGACCUUGCCGAAUUCGAAGUGUCCAGUGGAUCGGAAUCAUCAAACCUGUCUUCUUCUGGCGAGGAAUACCCAGCCGUGUCCUCGGCUUCUGAGAUCGAGGAGCUGACAUCGGCAAUCAGAGGCAGCAUCAAUGGCCUAUUCAAAACCUCAGUUUUCAUACGCAGAUUCGCCCCGAAAGAAAGACGCCAGAGGGCCGCCGAGAAGACAGACAGCUACAACAGCCAGACCGAUGAGAUUCUGAGCUCCGAGGAACAAAUCGACACGCACGUUGACGAAGGCCUGGUCGAGUACAUUCUCAAGUCGGCAAAAAAGGUGUUCGCUCUUAGCCUGAUCUGCGACGUCGAGGCAGGAGCACUUCACGAAGCUAUGAAAAUAUUCAGAUCAACUGACUUCGACGACGGCAACUUACCUGUCAAGUUCACCGACUCAGGCGAGCCUCCAUGGUCUCAACUGCAGUGGCCAGGGCUCGUCGCCCACAAAUUCCGCCAGCGACAAUGGAUAUUUCUUGUCCCCAUCUUCCGCCGGGGCAUGUUGAAUGUGAAUCUUGAGCCUCAUCACAUUCUUCCAUUGGCGCUGGCCUCAAACGAGAGACUGGAAGGCAGAUCUCACAACCUGUGGGAGGUCACAGUCCACGAGGCUCAUCAGGAGGAACCCAUGAGAAAGUAUGAUAACAGUCUUGCAACCGCAGCAAUCAAAACAUGCGAGAACGAGGCGAGUUAUGUGGAAGUAGAAACCAAUGAGAGGUGGAAACAAGAAGAGGAGUUUCUAAACGUAAGAAAGCUCUAUCACUUACACAUCGUAGACAUGGAGGCGAUCAUCACCUGGGCUGGUCGGGGCAAAUACCUUAUGUACAAGUGGCCUGACGGUGGUAACCUCCGCGACUUCUACGCCAGCGAUCCGCGGCCGACGCUCGAGGCCGGCUUCGUCUGUGCAAUGGCACAACAGCUGGCUGGAUUGGUCGAUGCACUCCGCACGUUGCAUGACAUGGACGCCAACCGGAGAAGCUUGUAUCGACAUGGGAAUCUGGAGCCUGAGGACAUAUGGAGAUAUGAGGAUGGCUCGAGAGUGGGCGUCAUGAAACUAUGUGACAUAGGAUGGGAGAGUCAUCACCCACAAGGAGACUCCACCCUCAACAGGCUUUCAUACGGUCCACCAGAAGCGACUUCGGACCCCGACUCUGCACGGUCUCGGCGUUAUGAUAUGUGGUCUUUCGGCUGCAUAAUUCUGGAGCUCCUCAUCUGGCUAGUUUACGGCACCAACGAGCUAGAGUCUUUCAUUCGUGGUAUAAAUGGGAGCUCCAACAGCCAUAGCCCAUACUGGGUGAUGGAAGAGGACGGGACACGUCGUUGGGCCCAAGUCCACCCCAAUGUCCGGGCAUACAUGGACCACAUCGCAAAGGAUCCGGAAUGCAGCGGAACACAUGCAACAGCUAUCGGCGACCUUCUUACUAUCGUGAGGACGCGAUUGCUUGUGGUAUCAGUCCCAUCAAUCAACGUACCCCGGUCUCAGGGCCGUGCAGGAUCAAGAGAACUCUUCGAUUCCAUACGAGGCAUGCUCGAGAAGGGGAGGUCCAACAGCGAGUACUGGUAUACAGGCGUGCCGAGAGAUGGUCUUUCUGGCCCAGCAGAAUUGAUUUCCCCACUCUAG